UUCUAUAAAUGUUUCACCAGAGAGGAAUUCUAGUGCGCGAUUGGUCGAUUUCCCUAUGCGGUUUAUGUUUUAGUGGCUGAUCGCAAGUCCAGCUGGAAAACGAAAUAUAAGCGUGCAAAUCCCAUUUCAUUCAAUCGUUAUAAAAAGCAAAAAAUGAACACAAUUUCCGCUAUAAAUGCAAUAAAGUCGUGUUCAUCGAAAAUCGAUCGACGUCAUGAAAACGCGAUUGUACAUGUUCUCGGUGAAAGCGCGUGAAAUGUCUGCGCGAGCGAGGUUGCUUUGGAUCAGCUGUUGUAUUCGAAGUUACUCAGUGCGCGCGUUUAGAAUCGCUUGAAAUUUCGGCGCAUCACUAUGACGGCAAAUAAAUCUGUAAUCGUCCUUGCGCCGAACGGCCGCCGGCAAAAUGUGAAAAUUACACUCAACACGACGAUUUUGCAGGUUUUGGAGGAGGUGUGCCAGAAGCAAGGCUACAACGUCGACGACUAUGACAUUAAACACGUUCAUCGGAUAUUAGAUCUUAACACGACGUUCCGCUUUAGUGGUCUACCGAAUAAUGCUCAGCUGGAAAUGGUAGCUUGCACAAAGAUGCGCUCUGUAUCGAGUGUUACAAUUGGUAUACAGCCAGAGGACGGAGAGAGAAUAAUGCGCGAUUUCUCGCCUAAUACAACAUUAGCUCAAGCGUUGAUAGACAUAUUUCCCAAUUCGGACCUCGAGAGAGCUGUAUUGAUCUAUAUGCAUAGUGAGGUAUAUGGAAGAGAAGCAUUGGAGAAAACGACGUUGAAAUCACUAGGCCUAAACAGUGGAAAGGCGAUAAUACGAUUAAUAUACCGUAAUCCCGAGCAAUUAAAAACUCAAGCACAUGUGUCAACACCUCUGCUCCCAAAGCCAGCCUCGGUAGUGGACUCAUGGAGUGAUUCAUCAAGUAGCUCAAGAAAUGAUAGAAAUUCUCAAAGAGUACUUUCGCCAACAGCACACUGUAGUAAGACAACAGAUGACAUGACUUUGUUGCCAACAAUUGUGCCAGAUACAGAGAAUCAGAACAAAUCGGGAGAUGAGAUAAACCUGGAUGUAAACAUAGAUGAAGAAAAAAUGGAGACAACAAAUGAAACAAAGUCAGAUGUAAAUGCAGAGGAGAAGAUGGAUAUAGAAGACGAACAGACAAAUGCAAGAAAUGAGGGGGAAAACCAGGAAAUAGAUACAUCUGUGAUAAAAGAAACUCAUUCCAUUGUGUCGAAUGUCCACGACCACGAUACUGAAAGAGAUCAGAAUAUCACGGAGGCGUGCAAGAUAGAUCAGGAAGACACAUAUAAAAUUGAGUUUUUAGGGGAGAGAAACGCUCUAGUGUUCAAUCAAGCCGGAACUCAGGCACUGCAGAGAGACGAAUUGCCGGACAGCUUUUUCGAGCUCGAUUUGCACGACGCAAAGACUCUUAUGCGAGACGCUAAGCGUCGCAGGGAACAAUUCGAGUCCGCUCCACUACUGACAGAAGCGCAGCGUCAGUUGGAUCGAAACAAACGGACUCUGGACCAAUUGAACAAGUAUCGACGCACCGUAAUUCGCAUACAAUUUCCCGAUCAGUUCGUUCUUCAGGGUUUGUUUGGCCCACUGGAGAGUGUUCAAACCGUCAAAGAUUUUAUUGUGAAUUAUUUAGACGAUCCGAACUGCGAAUUCACAAUCUAUACAGCUCCACCAAAGCACGUUUUGAAUCCUGAAGCGCGAUUGAUAGAUGAAAAUUUGAUUCCUUCUGCUGUCGUUUAUUACUCCGGACAAUCGUCGCUCAAACCGAGUGUAAAAACGAAAUUAACGGAUCCAAGAGCUGCUGGUGUCGAAGCUGUGAGAUCUAGAAUCGAUACAAUGCGAAAAGAACGAGAUCCGACGACUAAAGACGAAGGAGGCACAGUUGCUGAGAAUAAAAGUGAUUAUGUUACUUCAGGACCGAGUGGUGGUGAAUCAUCGUCAUCAUCAUUGUCAUCAACAGGAAAUGAAAGAGGAAAACCAAAGUGGUUCAAACUAUUAAGCAAUUAAAUAAUAUAUCAUUUCGCUAAUAACUCCAACAGGGUGGUUUCUCAAAUUGUAACAUAAACUGUGUUCUACACAAACUUGAGGAUUACAGGAUUUCUAUGCAGACUUGUAUAUGCGCGCAGGCACGCAUGCAUGAUUGAUGUGUCGUCAUGCGUAU